UACUCUCGUGGUAAUUAUCGCGCCCAAGGGAAAGCUGUCAAGGGGGAGGAGCAGCGGCGGCAGUGUUGUUGUUGUUAUUGUGAAGGAACACCUGUGCCCGCCUCGUUAGUGCAGGUGUGUGGGCGUGCAGGAUGAGUUAGACAAGCUGGGCCUACCCCCAUGUGAGGCAUCAGCAUGUUCAGUGACUGGCCCUCAGAACUGGUCCCUCAGCAGGGAUGGGGCGACGAGGCUGCCAUCAGUGCUUUUAAGGAUGCAAUACCAUGGACUGUGGGGAGAGACUUUGUGGCGGGAACAGCCAAGCAUCUGGCAGGAAGUCUGGGCCUCACCAAGCCCGGGCCACCCACCAGAAGCAAAAUUGUUCAUGAUAAACAGUUGCAAGUACUUAUGCCUGCACUUGGUCAUGGGUUGAGUUUCCCUCUGUCUGAAAUUGACAUCCUACGAGACUGUGUGAGCGUCUACUGUGAGUGGCUGUCAGCUCUCCUGCCGAACCCCAAGAGCAGUGUUCCCAGCCCUAUACUGAAUGAUCCAAACCACUAUGCAAGGAUCAUCAUCAACCAUUUCUAUUACCUGUUUGUUCCUCGUGGAGCUCAGGGGCCCGAUGUCAUCAAUCGGCAGGCAGUGUUGUGUCACCGAGUGCUGCGAACACUGCAGAACAUUGCACAGAACUCACCGUACCUCAGCGAAGACACCUGGCAGACCCUCCUCAUGUUUCUCCUGCACAUCAACUCAGCACUCCUGUCUCCCCCCACUGUGAAAGAUGAGAGUGAGGGUGCUCCCAGCUCCACUCUAAGUCUAAACUUUACUGGAGAUGUGGCUGAGGAUGCUGGAGAGCAACUGUGUGAGCGGGUGCUGAGUGUGUUGUUUGAGACAUGGCUGCUGGCCUGUGCUCGGUGCUUCCCUCCACCCCCACUCUGGAAUGCACUCAGGGAGAGCUGCCAGAGGUGGCGCCACAGAGCUGGCCUUAUUGAGCAGUGGAACAGAAUCAACUUCGCACUCACGCGCAAGCUCAUCAGCUUCAUGUAUGGGUCCUCCUUCCCUGAAAUAUCCAUUUCUGAGGAUGACUUGAACAUCAUUCCCUCUAACAUGAGCAGGGAUUGUAUUGCCCAGGUCUGGUACCGGAUUCUUCACAUUAUUGGGAACCCAGUGGACCUGAGCCGCCACACAGUCAUCAGCAAGACACCAGCCUUCCUGAAGUAUGCCAUUUCCUCAGCUUUAGUGAUUGAGCCCAGCCAGCACCCCUGCCUCCAGAUGCUUCCCUCCAUCUUCCUGUCAGCAAUGAAGGGCAUCUCAGGCCUGGUUGAUGCUUUUCUGGGUGUGCCAAACACUUCACUGGACAACCUCAGUCAGAAAGGCCGACAAAUUUCGCCAUCAUCCCUUUCGCUGACCUCAGAAAGCAAAAGUGAUGAUGGUUAUCGGUUGUUGGCAAAUGGAAGACCCAAAUGCAACAGUAUUUUACACUUGUUUGGCCCUUGGUUAUUUGAAGCUGCGCUUAUCAACUGCAAUUUACAAGCCAGUCCGGGGUCCCAACAUAAAGUUGAUACAGGUGGAGGCGUGAGCUCAGGCACUCGCCGACCUGUGUCUGUGUUUGGAGGCAGUGAGCCUGGCAAGAAGACCAGUGAAGGAUCAGUGUCUGGAGACCCACUUACAGAGCGCCUCACUAACCUGACACCACAGCACUUCCAGGGAGGCAGAGCUGAAGCUCUCGGAGCCCUAUGCAGGAUAUUUUGCUCAAAGAAGACAGGAGAGGAAAUCUUGCCUGUCUACUUGGCUAGGUUCUAUAUUGCCCUCCACCAAGGGAUGAGGGAGGGUGACACAAUUGUCCUGUCACCUCAUGAACCAGGACAGCCACCAACACCCAGAUACCAAAGCAAUAGGACGGGAAUGUGUACUGAGACGGCGGCAAGUGUGUUAGCGAAUGGGGUGGACCUCUUCCGCCUGGACCUUCAGGGCGUGGUUAGCCUUGUUCCUAGUGUGCUGGGCGUCCUGGAGAGUGUCUUGCCUGAGGGGGAGCUCACCACCCCACUGCAGCUCCCGGUCACCCUCCUGCGCCGUGCUGCAACACACAUCUUGCUCUCCAUCCUGCCACUGCCUCUCCACUUCCAGGGCUUACAGGUAAAGGAAAUAGGUAACAACACUGGGGAGCGCCUGGCACUGUCACACCUCCGGCCGCAGCUCGUCAACCUCCUCACCAAUGCUCUACAAGUGGAGACUGACCCUUCCAACACUCAGAUGCUUCUAGGAGGUCUGCUCUUCUGUGUUCAAGAUGCAGCUCUUUGUGAAGUGAUGGACUCCAUAUCACAGCAUAAUUUUUCAACAGACAGAGACCACAAUAUUAUGUCAUCAGGUGCCUCAGACACUGUUAGUUCGCAUGGUGACUAUAACAGUCUGCUGGAUGAGAGCUGUGAGGCACUGCCUGAAGGAGGUCUUGGACAGAUGCCGGCCUCAGCCAUUCCUCCCACCACCACCACGACACAUGCAACCUUGCUGACCACCACAGAUGGUGAAGCUACACCAAUUUUAGAAGAUUCGGACUCGGCCCACGCCCUGUUUGUGCGCUCCAUCUACCUGGUGUGUCACAGACUUAUUUCCUCAUGGAAGAGUGAUGUCAAUGUGUCCCUGGCCGGCCUUGAGCUCCUUUCUGGCUUGGCUCGUCUCAGCAUUGCUGAACAAGAUGGCUUAGAGUGUAAGAGAGCAGUAAAGUGGCUGUGUGACUACAUAGCAUACCAGUGCUCCAGACCACCUCGGGCACACUCUAAGGACCUGCAUUCUACAAUAGUUGCUGCCUUCCACUGUGCAAGUGUUUGGCUGGUGGCCCACCCGUACCUGCUGCAGGACAAGGAGUGUCUGGCCACGGUCCUGGAGGUAGUGGAGUUAGGCAUCUCAGGAUCUAAGUCUCAGGUUAAGUCAAGUGAUGCCCCACGACUCAAACAUGAAAAGGAACUGAAACCUGCCAGCAUGCGAGUGCGAGAUGCUGCAGAAGCAUUGCUUUCCUGUGUGCUGUCUCAGGUUGGCACCUUCCCCUCUGUUUGUGGAGCUGAGUCGCUGUCCUCACUGCUGGAUGAGAUGACGCUGCUCAGGCACUGCAACACCUGGGGGGGCUCAGAUCAGCUCACCCGGGACUCAGCAGCUCAGCACUUCAGAUACUUUGUAGCCCAAAACUCUAUCAUGCUGGCCCUUCUGGAACAACCCUUAGGCAACCAUCAAGUUCGCACCCUGCCAGAUCCCCAGCCAACGGUAACAGCUCUGAUCAGGGGGCCAUUUGGGAGGGUGGCCUGGACCAUGCAGCUGAGGCACCUGCCCAGACACAAGUCCUCAGCCAAACUGUACACGGUGAACCCUGGCCGGCCACUCCCCAUGAAUGAUGUAGGAAUAAAACACAACGUCAAGCCAAAAUACUUCCCAGACAGUGUGGACAGGAUACCGCUCUGCAAAGCAGAUAAGUCAAUUCCAUCCCUGGAGAGUGUCAUCAUGACUGAAGAAAAGUCCGCACUUGAACAUGACAAACUUCUUCAGAUCUUAGACCACCAGAUUACAUUUGAGGAGGGUGUUCAGCGACAGGUUGAGAGAGAGACCUCAGAGUAUCCAGAUGUGGAGACGGAGUGUGUUGCUCCUCCACUGUGCCACGAGUUCCAGACGGCUCGUCUCCUCCUCUCACAUUUUGGCUUUUUGUCUCUUGAUGCCUUGCAGGAGUCUGUUGAGUCAGCAGUGCCAUCGCUAGUUGCCAUUGAUUCCAGCAUGGCAGGAUUUGCUAGAGACCUUGAAAUCCUUGACAACACGAACAACCGAACGAUGGACACCGCUCACAUGUUUUAUGUUCAGGCCGGUCAAACUUCACCACUUGAUAUAUUAUCCAAUGUGGUGAGUUCUAGCUCAGUCCAUCCUCAUUUUAUGGAGUUCCUUCGUGGACUGGGAUGGACUGUCAACGUACACCAGCACCCCGGCUGGACCGGCCACGUCUCCACAGCAUUCACAAUCACUCCACAGCCGCAGGAAGGUAUCAUUGAUGCAAACCAUGGAGGCAGUGGCUUCAGCGGGCGGACUCACGUAUUAUAUUGGUCUGAUGCUCUCAGUGAGAUGGCUUUUGUUGUCCCAGCCCCCUCCCAGGGUAUGCUGUCGAGCCACCCAUCCAGCACAGGGAAUAUUAACACAGUUGGCUUGGUGCUGGAGCCAUGUGACAAGGCCGGGAGUGGAGGAGCUGGUGGUGGAGGUGGUGGAGGUUCAGGCAGUGAGCGCUCAGACUCCUUGCCUCCUUGUGAUGCUGAUGUGGAGGGUGGCUCCUCCAUCUCCUCACAUACCUCACAGACCUCAUGUGGUCAGGGCAGUGAAAACAGGAGUAGAAAGUUUGGGCGACAGACCAGUGCCCUGGCAUGCAGUGACCACAAAGUGUACAUAGUGUGGCUGGAGAGCUUUGAUGACUGCUACACUUUCCCAGCAUUGGACCUGUUGCCUGAGACAGUGACUGGCCUUGAGUCGUCCUCAUGGAAAGACAAAGAGGCCAUGGUUUACAUAAUCUUCAUCCACGCCCUCACCAAUGGACUGUUCAGGAUAAAGUUACAAGGCCGAAAUGCAAAGCUGAACAUGGCAGGGCCACUAGUGGAUGGGCAGGUGGUGAGCAGGAGAGUCCUUGGAACGUUGGUGAGGCAGACUGCACUUAACAUGUGCAGACGGAGGAGACUUGAAAGUGACAGUUAUCAGCCACCUCAUGUGCGAAGGAAACUGCGAAUCCAGGAAAUGGUACAAAAGUAUAGAUAUGAGAUGAAUGAACCAGAAUUCUAUACUCACUUGUUUACGAGUCCACUCUGUUAGGCAAUGCACUAAUAGAAAUGCAUAGAUUAUAACACUGUAUGCUUUUUCAUCUCCAUUUCCAUAUUUUCGCUGUUUCACGUAUAUGUCCAAUCAUCGCUUAUUCAUUUCAAAGUGUGUAUAUAAAACAUCAAAUUUUCCUUUCACUCAGCAGUCUUAGAUGAUUGUCAUUUAAAAGUUACUGGACAAGAAAAAUAUAAUGACAUUGCUUAUAAACUAUCAUUUUUAUUUAUCAGUUUAAUUUUGGGAGUUCAAAACUGCACAUCUUUACAAGCACCUACUUAUAUAGCCAAUUUUAGUAAGUCAGUAGCUCUACUAAGAUCACUAACUUCCAUUUUAGUUAUUUAGUUACAAGGUUACAAGUUACUGGUUUUUCCUUUCUCUUUGCACUGUAAACAGCUGGGUUAAUGUAGAUAUCUAGAGUUCUGUUGGCUGACUUUGAUAUUUUGUUAAACUGAUCAUAGAUAAAGUAAUAAGUUCUUAGUAAUAAUGCAUGUCAAAUCAAAUACAAUCAAAUUUGUGAUUAUGUCAUACCAGUUCAGAUUUUUGUAUCUAAGACUUGUUGAGUAUAUGAUUUACAGAGAUAAAUAAUGCUGUGAAAUCUUUGCAUUUUAAGAAAAAGAAUUGGAUGUUUGAAACUCACAUUUUUAUUGUUUUUUUAAUUGAUGAGAAUUGUAACUAUCAUUUGUAUAUAUUGGAAUUAGUUAUGAAUUAACUUUCCAUUACCUGUGACAAGUUACAUUUCUUGUGAAGGUCAGGAAAGUAUUUUAUAAGGAAGUGAAAGAUACUGUUUAAGGAUCAUAAGUAAACUGAAAAAUUGUUUA